CCUCCUUCGAGGAGAUACAGAGAUCAGUCAAAUACUGCUACGGCAUCAUUAUAUGCGACGUUAGAAUGGGGAAUUGAGCUGUCGCCGCAAUAUGACGAUCUAUCUCAAGGAGCGGCUGAUCAGCCGUCGGCGGAAUUGAAGACGGCAGCGGUUUUCGGCAAUUGUCACCAGCAUGUAAAAUCCCAUUUGACUUCGCUCCACCACAACGUACAACUUAUUCUUCCUCCCAUUUUCUUACUGCCUACCCAUGGCACUGCCCACCAUGGGCGCCUCUCCAGGUGCUAACGACAACAGUGACAUGGAGCUCACGAAUGCCAACCCAGUCUCUGGUCCCACUCCGAGUCCGGAUCAAGAUGUUGCGGCUUCCCCGCCGGUCGAUACCAAACCCUCGCAAUUACAUCAAGUCACAGUCGUCCUGGCAGGCUUUGUUGUCGUGUCAAUGACUUGUUCCAUUGUCUUCUCUUUUGGUGUCUAUCAAGCCUUGUACGAAGAGAUGGCCAAACAGCCAAACACGCCGUUCACCGGGUGCUCGUCAGCGCUGAUCGGGCUGAUCGGAACAUUGGCAUUAUCCUUGAUGACCAUGGGAGGACCCCUCACCCUUAAUUGGGCAAAGCUACACUCUCCGCAAGUGGUCAUCAGCGCCGGAGGGAUCCUCUUCGGCGUGGCAUUCAUCUUGGCAAGCUUCAGCCAAUACCUCUGGGAAUUCGCCCUCACUCAAGGCCUCCUCGUUGGACUCGGUACAUGCAUGUCUUAUGUGCCCAUGACCGCAGUGGGCCCUGCCUGGUUCGACAAGCGGCGUGGCCUUGCCAUGGGCCUCAUUAUCAGCGGCACAGGGGUUGGAGGCAUGAUAUGGCCACCGAUAUUACGUGCCCUGAUUGAGCAUGUUGGUUUCCGGAAUGCAAUGAGAGUGUCUGGCAGCAUCUGCGCGGUACUGGUGGCCGUGGCAGGUUUCGCACUGGCAUGGGAACCCAAGUUCGAGGACAGAAUCCGUGUCGAGACGCGUCCCCUUAGAGAGAAAAGCAUCCUCGCUCAGAUUGUAUCUUUUCCAAGGCUGGACUGGCAAGUUGAGAAGUCAAAGAAGUUCAUUGCUCAAGCACUGGGCAACUUCACUCAGGCCGCAGGGUAUUCAACUCCGCUGUUCUUCUACGCUGCCUACGCACAAUCACGAGGCUAUAGUGCGACCGCAGCAGCCAAUUUUAUCACCCUGAGUAAUGCGGCCAACUUCGUCUCUAGGAUAAUCAUCGGCCAUGCAGCGGACAAAUUGGGGCGGUUAUAUGCCUUGUUUGGAACCACCUUGGUGAGCGCGGUGGCCGUGCUUGGGUUCUGGUUACCCAGCACAUUUUGUAACAACCGCGAAACGUGCAGCACCAAAGCCGACGUCUUGUUUUUCUUCUUCACCGUCCUCUACGGGUCCUUUGCCAGCGCUUAUAUCUCCUUGUUUCCUGCAACUCUCCUGGAGCUCUUCGGCGUCCAGCAUUUCACAGGCGUCAAUUCCGCGCUCUACUUGCUUCGAGGAAUGGGCGCAUUGCUCGGCACACCUCUCACCGCUCUUCUGAUCUCUCAAUCGACCGCGUUAAGCUUAUCGAGGACAUAUAUUCAUGCUGCCAUCACCGUCGGGGUCUUGAUGGCGGCAGUUGCUGCUUUCAGCUUCUGGGUCAGGCUUGAAGCGACUGCGAAGGGCCAACGGAGGUGGAAAAUGUGAGUCUAGAGAUCAUUUCCUACCCUCAGCAUCGUCCUUCCCAAUACAAAUGUCGUGCUAGAAGUUGAUAUUGUACUGUAUCAUCCAAGAUACUCUGGCAUAAACUACCAUCUACUUAAGGGUCUCGAUAAGGUAUCUUACAGGAUCUCAAAGCCUCAGCUUGAGGCGCCUUACAUAAUCACAAAGCUCCGAUUUCAUCACACGUGACUUAUAGGGCUUUAUCUUGUGAUUUUUCGGAGGACUUGUCCUAUUUCAACGGGGCCUGGGGCCUCGUCAGACUAUAUACUUUCUAGGGGUUAUACGAUAGCGUACGACGCUAGUCGAGACCGAAAGACAGUCCUCGACAUCUUUAUAAUACUUAGUACGUAGAGUAUCUAUUUUAUUAUAUCCUUC